UACUGCAGCAGCGUCGACGCAGUCGUCUUUGUCGUGGAUGCGACCGGCCGCCGUAGCCUCGGUGCGGCGCGGGACGCAUUGCACGCGGCGUUUGCCGUCGCCCGUCCAUCUCGAUGCCUCAUCGUGGCCAACAAGAUCGACCAGCCCGACUGUGUCGAUGCGUUGGAGCUGCUCGAGAUCCUCCGACCGGGCGAUGUAUUUGGCACGUCGUGGAGCUACUGCGCGGUGAGCGCAACGCAAGGCGACGGCCUGCGGCAGUGUCUCGCCUGGCUCGCCCACGAGCCUCUCGACGACGGCGCGCUGCUCCAGAUGCAAGACGACGAUGAUGACAACGACGCCAAUGAAGAGGAGGCGCGGGAGGAUUGGAUCUGGAUUGGAUCUGCCACCCACUUGCCCGGGUCGCUGGAGGUCUACUAUACCGACAUUCCGCUCUAA